UUCCCGACCCGGCGGCCGCGGCACCAGGCGCGCCCCCGCAGGGUCCAGCCCCGACGCCGGCCCGACCUCGGCGGCCCCUUGUGCGCGCCCGCCGCAGCCGUCGCCACUCCCAUCGCCGCCUCAGCCAGGACUCACGUGGGCAGCGUGGUAGCCAGAAGUCCGCAACUGCUGUCUGUGGCCCCGACACCUGGGACCGCCGGUGCAGACGCACGCGCAGCCCUCCCGGCACCCGCGCCAGCCCCCGACUGUCCCUUCGACCCCAGCCCUCGCCGCGGAGGGCGCGCCGCCCUCUCCACGCCGCGCCCUGGCGGAGGCAGCGAUGGCCUUGGCUUCCGACGACGGGGGGACCCCGCGGGUGCUCUUCGGAGACUGGCUUCUGGGCGAGGUCAGCAGCGGCCGCUAUGAGGGGCUGCGGUGGCUGGACGCGGCCCGAACGCGCUUCCGCGUGCCCUGGAAACACUUCGCGCGGAAGGACCUGGGUGAGGCCGACUCUGGCAUUUUCAAGGCCACGUACUCCACUUUCUCCCCAGGCCUGGGCCAUGGCCCGCGGCAGGUGGCCGCUCCGCAGCAGCGGGGGUGCCCGGCCGACCCCUGAAAGUGCGCUCCGAGCCUCAUGGAAAACCAACUUCCGUUGCGCGCUGCACAGCACGCGGCGCUUCGUGAUGUUGGAAGACAACUCAGGAGACCCCACCGAUCCUCACAAGGUGUACAUGGUCAGCCUCGAGCCGGCGUGCGGAGAAGGCCCAGGCAGUAACCAGUGGGAGCAUGAGGCCCUUGAAGAUGCCCCACCUACAAGGGGUGGACUUCUAGGACCAAGCCUGGUAGCAGAUACAGGUGAGAGGCUGGCCAGGCUGAGCCCUGCACCCUGUGCCCCAAGCCCAGCUGGAGGUGCCGGGGACCUCUUGCUCCAGGCCCUGCAGCAGAGCUGCCUGGAGGACCAUCUGCUGAGAGCUGCAUGGGGGGUGGAUCCUAACCCCCCAGAGGCUCCUGACACAGGCCCACCCCCAGCCCCAGAGCCCUGGCAGCCCCAAGAGGCAGAGCCCCACACCACAGCCUCCCCCAGUGGCUGCUCCCUGAUGGCCGGGGAUCUGCACCUGGCUGGUCCCAUCUGCUCACAGCUCAGUCUGCACACAGAGCCCAGCCUGGUGGCCCUGGACUUGACCAUCAUGUACAAGGGCCGAACAGUGCUGCAGGAGGUGGUGGGGCGCCCGAGCUGUGUGCUCCUGUACGGCACCCCCAGCAUAGCGGGCAAGGCUUCGGAGCCCCAGCGUGUAGCCUUCCCCAGCCCUGCUGAGCUGCCCGACCAGAAGCAGCUCCACUACACAGAGAAGCUGCUGCAGCAUGUGGCCCCUGGCCUGCAGCUGGAAUUCCGGGGGCUCAGGCUGUGGGCCCGGCGCCUGGGCAAAUGCAAGGUCUACUGGGAGGUGGGAGGGCCCCUGGGCUCAACCAGCCCCUCCAUCCCUGCCUGCUUGCUGCCCCGGAACUGCGACACCCCCAUCUUUGACUUCAGCACCUUCUUCCAAGAGUUGGAGGAGUUCCGGGCCCGCCAGCGCCGUGGCUCCCCGCACUACACCAUCUACCUGGGCUUUGGGCAGGACCUGUCAGUGGGGAGGCCCAAGGAGAAGAGCCUGGUCCUGGUGAAGCUCGAGCCAUGGCUGUGCCGGGCCUACCUCGAGGGCGUGCAGCGUGAGGGUGCAUCCUCCCUGAACAGUGGCAGCCUUGGUCUCUGCCUGUCCAGCUUCAACAGCCUCUAUGACGACCUGGAGCACUUCCUGGAGCACUUCUUGAUGGAGGUGGAGCAGCCCGCCUAGGCGGGACCCCCGACCUCCACCCAAUCCAAUAAAAAGAUCCCUAA